UGUAGCACAUGCCCUACAGCGCCUUCUUAAUGCACAGGAUGAUUGUAUGGGUGACUCUGAUCAUGAUUGCCUUACUGAAAUAGUCAAUGCCACUAGCAUUCGCCCUGACCUCUCCUCCGUUCCCCUACAGACAGGCAGCUGAACUCUUCGCUCUCACUCGUGCCUGUGUUCUCGCUGAGGACGCUGAUGUCACUAUUUACACUGACUAUCGCUAUACCUUCGGAGUCGCUCAUGAUUUUGGCCGCAUCUGGCAAUCUCGUGGCUUCACUGCAGCUGACGGCAAGCCUAUCUCCCAUGCCUCGUUAGUGCAGGAUUUAAUCACUGCCUGUCAUCUGCCUCUUUCUGUGGCCAUUGUUAAAACUAGGGCGCAUUCCUCUGGUGACACCGAUGAAGUGAGAGGGAACAGUUUCGCUGACCGAAUGGCUAAACAGGCUGCGGCCUCACGCCCACUUCCCCCAAAUCUAUCUCCAGCCAUGGUCUCUGUUAACACCAUGAUCAGUGCUGUUCUACCUGACCUGGAUCUCCCUUCGCUGCAGGCUUCAGCUUCGCCUGCUGACCGCGAAUUUUGGACUAGUCAGGGUGCGACUGAUUCCGAUGUUAUUCUAGAUAACAAGGGCCAUGUCCGUCUACCGCGACAUUGUACUCCUUUUCUCGUCCGCGAGUUUCAUGGCCCCACUCAUCGCGGACGAAGAGGGGUGUUACAGGACUUAUCUGAGGUUUUUUUGUAUUUUCCGCUUACACUCAGACAUGAAUACAAUAUUAGACGGAUGUUUAAUAUGCGCAAAGAACAACAUUUCAACACGCCUGACACUCCCUUUCAAAAAUGGCAGAUCGAUUUCACACACAUGCCUAGACAGGGUCCUUUCAGAUAUCUUUUGAUAAUGGUUGAUAAGUUCUCCAGAUGGGUAGAAGCCUUCCCAUGUAGUAAGGAAAAUGCUAGAGUUGUGGUACAGAAGCUAACUACUGAAAUAAUUCCUAGAUAUGGCAUCCCUGUAGGAAUUGAUUCUGACAACGGAACUCCAUUUACAUCUACAGUCACUCAGCUUCUGUGUAAAGAGUUAAAGGUCAAUUGGCAUUUCCACAUUCCUUACCAUCCACAGUCAUCAGGUAUGGUGGAGCGAGCCAAUCGCACAAUAAAAGACAAAAUUCGUAAAGCAAUGCACACGUCUGGUUCCAAAAAUUGGGUUCAUGCAUUACCCCUUGUGCUAGCAGAUAUGAGAAUGACCGCACAAGUGGCUUUGGAUUACCUGGAUUACCUAUGAGCUCGUAAUGGGGAGACCAUUUCCCCAACCUUGGCGAAGAGGCAAACAGGCAUUGGGAACGGGGGACCUUGAUGUACACCUCAGCGAGUACUCUGCAGGGUUAAUUCAGAAGCUCAACGAGUAUUGGGCGCGGGUAAAUUCAAAAUAACCUCAAAUUCCAAUUGGCAAUACUCACCCUUUUAAGGUGGGAGAUCAUGUCUUGGUUAGAAAUUUGGGGAAAUUAGGCAUGCCUUUGAGUGAGACCCCGUAUAGUGGACCUGCAGAAAUAGUCGCUGUGACUCGCACUGCUGUGUUAACUGAUCUUUUUCCACAGUGGAUCCACGCCUCCCAUCUAAAACUGGGUUGGAAAGAAGAAUCAUAAGUAAAAAGUCUGUCUAAACAGUGUUUGUGUUUCAGAAAUCUGAGGCAACAGCUGAUGACCUUUUCAGGGGUCCCCUCUUCCCAGCAUUUAAUAAAAGGAUCGGCUGACCUACAAAGAGGGGGCCGUCGGUGAGCUCCAGGUGACGACACACAUCUCUCUGCAAAAGGCUGACAUCAUUGAGCGAAACGGCUCAAUGACACUCAGUUUCUCUUUGCUCAUGUACAGGCUUUCUGACCUUCAAUGCUUGGAUGAGAGUUGUGAGGAAGCAGCAUUCUGGCAUAUCCCUAUCUAUGUUGAAAAACAGCCCCCGCCUUAUCUCAUACACAAUAGCUUACUGUAUUUCAUUGCGUAUAUAUUCUGUUCUGUAGCUCAGUUCUUUGAGCAGCUGUUUGGAAUAAACCAGAUCUGAUUUCA